GACUUCCGGCUUCUGCAAAUUUUUCCCGCGGACGGCGCUACAUGCUUCCGUUAAAGCCUUUUCCAAGUGGCACGAUAAUCGGGCAAGAUGACCGAAGGAACCGCUACGAUCAGAACUAGAAAGUUUAUGACUAAUCGGCUAUUAUGCCGAAAACAAAUGGUCGUAGAUGUGUUACAUUCUGGCCAGCCCUCAGUUCGGAAAACCGAGAUCCGGGAAAAGCUCGCCAAAAUGUACAAAGUGACACCAGAUGUUGUUUUUGUAUUUGGUUUCCAAACUAAUUUUGGUGGCGGUAAAUCUACCGGUUUUGCAUUGAUCUACGACACUCUAGACUUUGCCAAGAAAUUCGAACCCAAAUACAGGCUGGGUAGGCAUGGACUUUAUGAAAAACAGAAACAGACCAGGAAACAGCGUAAGGAACGCAAGAACAGAAUGAAGAAGGUCAGAGGUACCAAGAAGAGCAAGGUUGGAGCAGCAUCUAAAAAGGCAAAGAAGUAGUCAAAUACUCAUCAUUUGCUCUGCGAGCAUCAAGACGGGAUGGUCUCAUAUUUGUGAUGUUUAUACGUGGUCAGCAUGUCUUCACAACACUGUUAUCAAUAGAUUCUGUUAUAUCUUCAGUACUAAAAUUCUUCUGCUUAUUAAGAUCAUUCAGUUUAUGAACGUCGAAUUAUUAAAAGAAAAAAAAAAAAGAAAAAUGGACUGCUUUAGUUGAUCUGAAUAUUUUCUUAGUUUAAAAA